GUUGUCAGUUUUCAGAUAGUCUCAUUCAAAUCUAUUUUUCCUAGGUUAAACUUAAAUGGUGCCAAAAGAAAAUAAACCGUCAAAAUAAAGUAUAGCUGAAAGAAAAUAUUUAAGCAGUUUUACUAGAUUAUAAACGUAACUUUAUUAGUCAAACAUUAGGCAUUAACGACGUCAAUAUCAAAAUUAUCAUGCAUUGCCUUAGAUCAUUGGUAUACCAGUUGGGACGACGACCGAUUAGAAAUAAAUCUAUGUUUUUCUGCUAUAAUAAAAAAAAUGUCCAAGAAUCAUCCCGGUAUUACGGAACAGAAAUUAAAAUUGAAGAUGAGUCAGACACUAUUGUCAGAGAGCUAUGUAAAGGAAAUGACAAUUUAGAGAAAAAGUUAAAAGUGCUGAUGCUUGAGGUAGAAGUUAUGCGUCAAGAUGGCCGCUGUGCACCAGACAAUAUUCAUUCAGAUCAGUGGGAGAGAUUACUGGAAAUGCCAAGUAGAAAACAAAGAACCAAUUAUCUAACAUUUUUAUGGAAAAUUGAAAAGAAAAAAGAAAAUGAAAAAUCUAGAAAAGAAGCCAGACGAAAGGAACUGGUGGAGUCACCACCCGAAUAUAUUAAAGAAUUUCCAGAUGACGUAUUAUAUGGUAUAAAACAUCAAUCAAUGUUUCUACGCAUUCGUGAUCAGAGUAUAAAUAUGUUUGACAAUUACAGGGCACUUACAGCUAUGAUCCACGGACAAUCACUUGUUAUUGACUGUUCAUAUGAAGAGCAUAUGGUUUGGAGAGAAACAGUCAAUGCUGCAAAACAGAUGACAUUUGUAUUUGGUGACAACAGAAUACACAAGGACCCUUUUAAUUUGCAUUUGUGUAAUGUUGAACAAAAAGGGGAAUUUAUGAAACAAUUACGAAAGAAUAUACCAUCACUUGAUGAGCCUUGGUUUCCAAUGAAUAUUCAUACAAAAGGCUAUUUAGAUUUAUUUCCUAAAGAUAAACUUGUGUAUUUGACACCACAUUGUAGAGAAGAACUGACUUAUUUUGAUCCUGAUGCUGUGUACAUAGUCGGAUGUAUGGUUGAUAAGAUUAAUAAUGAACCCCUAUCGUUGGCAAAAGCGAAGAGAGAUGGCCUAAAAAUGGCCAAACUGCCUCUUGAUAGGUACAUAGAAUGGGCACCUGGAUCAAAGAAAAACUUAAACAUAAAUCACAUGAUUCCAAUUUUAUUGGAUUUAAAACUCACUGGUGAUUGGGAGUUUGCACUAAAGCAUGUUCCAAGAAGGAAACUAAUGGAAACAAAAAUAUUAGCCAUGCAACAGAGAUUUUCGAAUACUUCUCUAAACAGGGAGGACUUUUUGAAAAGUUCUAAAAUUGUUCGAAGGAAUAGCUCACUUUCGAUAAUUGAGAAGAAAUUAAAAUCAAAAAAGACUCUGUAUGAUGAUGAUAAUAUAUAAAAAAAGAAUA